GRUUACCCUUUUCUCUUCUUCCAAAAUCUCUCACCCUUGUUGUCUCUCAGUCUUCAGAGCAGAAAAAUACAAGGCGAAUCUCUGGGGGACAUUUCACAAACCGAGGGCAGGUCAGAGCAAUCUCGAUUCUGGUCAUGUUUAUCAUCUCCGAGAAUUAGAUAAGAUCCGUUCAUUUCCUCGUCAAUUAAUCGCUAUCUUUGCUAUAUCUGUUCUUCCAUUUAAGCUUCGCUUUGUCUUUUCAUCCUCGGUUCUUUCCUUUGGUAAGAAUCCACUCUCCUUCUCUUCCUCAGUCUUACCGUUUCAGUAUUUUUCUAUUCUUUCUUUUUCGUGUUUGAAAAAUCCUACAUUUUCCUGAAUCCAUAAAACCCCUGAUAGAACAUCAUUCCAGAAAGAAUUUUGACGAUCAAUCGGUUUUAGUGGCGCUGGAUUUGUGUUGAAGAAGCAGUAGUAGCUCGAAAGCAAACUCGGUUGUGAUAAGAAGUCCGCAUUUCGCCUUUCCGAUUUUCCAGGAUUAACUGGGGUUUCAUUUUUUGUAUGAAAGCUUUGCUCUUGGAGGAGGAUAGGGAGGACUUUGCUUUAAGAUUUUGAGGGCAAUUCCUUAAUCUGUUUUGAUUAAGGUUUGUUCUUGAAUUCUAGGGCCAGGGAAUGCAUUGCUAGCGUUGAAAUUGGAUUUUUCUUUAGUUUUCCUCUUCCUUUUGGUGUUUUUUCCCCCUUUUGUACAUGCUUUUUUCCCGCAUUCUUCGUUAGAUUUAGGGUUUUCCAUCCUCAGGGAAAUCAAUCCUUUUCCAUCUGAUGCCCUUUUCAGCAAGGAUCGUGAGAUAUUGUUGAUGGAUUCUAAGAUUUAAGCUAUUUUACCAUAAAUUAGGGCAUAAAAAUUUGUAUAAAAAAUGUCUACCGCCGGUGUCGCCCUUAGUCCGAUUCGUAAAGAAUCUGUACUUUCYCCUGGGUAUUUCCAUGGUUGGCCGGGUCCUUGCUCCGAUGAGUCGAUAUUGAUUUACCUAACAGUUGCCGGUUCUGUGAUUCCCAUGCGUGUAUUGGAGUCCGACUCGAUUGCGUCAAUGAAGCUAAGAAUACAGACCUCCAAAGGCUUUGUUGUGAGUAAGCAGAAGCUAGUUUUUGGAGGCAGGGAGCUGGCGCGGAAUGAUUCUCUUGUCCGGGACUAUGGAGUCGCCGAUGGAAAUGUUCUGCAUUUGGUUCUCCGGCUUUCUGAUCUCCAGGUAAUCACUGUUAAGACUGCAUGUGGGAAGGAAUUUGAGUUUCAUGUUGAGAGGUGUAGAAAUAUAGGAUACAUUAAACAGAAGAUUGCCAAAAAGGGAAAAGGUUUGGUCGACCUAGAGGACCACGAGCUUAUAUGUAAUGGAGAGAAACUUGAGGACCAGUGGCUCAUCGAUGAUAUCUGUAAAAACAAUGACGCUGUGCUUCACUUGCUGGUUCGAAAAUCUGCAAAAGUUAGGGCUAAACCUGUUGAGAAAGAUUUCGAACUGUCCAUUGUUGCAUCAAAUUCAAAUGAGAGGAGAGAUAAUGAUAAUGAUGAAGUAAAUGGGCAGAACUGCCAGAGUCCAGGACCUGAGGAGCUUCAUGUUGUAGCUAGAAAGCCUCCACACAGAGAUUUCUUGUUGGAACCAGUUAUUGUUAAUCCAAAGGUUGAAUUAUCUUCUAUCCUCAGAGAUUUGAUUAGAUCUACAUUUGAUGGAUUGGACAAAGGGAACCAACCUGUCAGAUCUUCUGAGGGUUCGGGAGGAGCAUAUUUUAUGCAAGAUUCAUCAGGUCACAAUUAUGCGUCUGUUUUUAAGCCAAUUGAUGAGGAACCCAAGGCAGUGAAUAAUCCUAGGGGGCUUCCAGUAUCUUCUGAUGGUGAAGGGUUGAAGAUAGGGACAAGAGUGGGUGAGGGGGCAUUGAGAGAAGUUGCAGCAUACAUUCUGGAUCACCCACUGAAGGGGCCUCGGUCAAUAUCUGCUGAGGAAAUUGGGUUUGCUGGGGUCCCCCCAACGGUUAUGGUGAAAUGUCUGCAUGAAGGGUUUAAUCAUCCAGAAGGUUAUCAGUAUGCACCUAGAAACAUAAAGAUUGGAUCAUUGCAGAUGUUCAAGAAGAACAUCGGGAGCUGUGAGGACAUGGGUCCUCGGGCUUUCCCGGUGGAAGAGGUUCAUAAGAUCUCUGUGUUGGAUAUAAGAUUGGCGAAUGCAGAUAGACAUGCUGGGAAUAUUCUGGUGAACAAAGAUGAUGGGGGCCAGAUCAUGCUAAUUCCUAUUGAUCAUGGAUACUGCUUACCAGAGAAUUUUGAAGAUUGCACAUUUGAUUGGCUAUACUGGCCACAAGCCCGAGUGCCAUACAAUCCUGAAACCAUUAAAUACAUAAAUUCAUUGGAUGCUGAAGAAGAUAUUGCCCUUCUGAAGUUCCAUGGGUGGGAUGUGUCGCCUAAGUGUGCCCGUACAUUGUGCAUAUCUACCAUGCUUCUGAAGAAGGGGGCUGAACGAGGGCUCACUCCCUUUGCCAUCGGAAAUAUCAUGUGCAGAGAGACCUUGAAGGAGGAGUCUGUAAUUGAGAAGAUUGUACGUGAAGCGCAGGAUGGUGUUCUACCUGGCAUGAGUGAAUCUGCAUUCCUUGAAUCGGUCUCCCAGAUCAUGGAUCGCCACCUCGACGAGCUCACCAUCAAACUGCAGUGAAAUAUAUAGGUAUAUAUAUGUGUAAAUAUGCAUAUGUUAUGGUACAUAUGUAUGUAAUAGGGAUGGUUGAUGGGGUCCAUUGUUGGAUGGACUGCAGGAUGGAUAUUUUAUGUGGAUUAGCUGCUGGAAUUAGGGUUCCCACCCGCCCACUUUAUUUUGUUUAUAAACUUGAGACUUUGCGCAACUACUACCUCCACAAAGAGGUGAGCGGCAGUUCUUGUUUUACUUGUUAAAUGUCCUCCUACUUGCCUGUUUAUUUUAUUCUUUCAACUAUUCUGCUUCUGCAGAUGAACCAAAACUCGGGAUCGUAAUGAAAGAAUUGUAUGCAAUGGAUGUAUAAUAAUUAUUUAAAUUUUGUCUUCCA